AUGACUGCUCCAUCAGCACCAGAAUAUUUAGAUAGUGUUUUGGUGGAACCAGUUGCACCAACCAGAUCAACACGUGAUGAUUUACCACCAACGUAUGAAGAUUCAACAAAUCCAAACAGCAUGCCGCCAACGUAUGAUUCAUUGUAUGGUGAAUUUCAACAAGUCGAAGAUCCCCGGGGACUUGCUGAAUUUCUAGCCAAGACUUUUGCUGUCAUUAUUAGCACAAUGACUGCCGCUAUAAUUUUGGGAUUACUCAAUAUCAUUCCGCUUGCAAUGAUAAUUUUUGGAAGUAACAACCUUAAUAAAUGUCCUGUUGAACCAUACAUACCCAUUUGGCUAAUUGUAACUGGUUUAUUGUCUCUAUUCAAAAGCGGAACAAAUUUCUAUUAUCGUGCUAAACGACAGCGAGAAGGUCGCGCACCAUCCGCAGCAGAUGUGAAUCCAAAUCCAUUUGAUGGUCUUUUAUCGUGCUUCUUACUUAUAUGGUUUAUUAUCGGCUCAGUAUGGAUUUAUUCAGCUGUCGAUUUGGUACAAUAUAAAAAUCCGGAAAACAGUAAUUAUUGCGACCGGUUUACUUUUAUUUUUUCGUUUGUAUUCGUAACGCUUGGUUAUUUGCUACUUUCUAUUACGAUGUGCUGCUUUUGUUGUUGUUGUUGUUGCAUUUGUUGUCGACCUAAAAGAAAUGAAGCCCUUAGCACAGUGUGA